AACGCUUUGCUGAGAGGAAGCGUUGGAAAAGUUGUUGAGAACCAUAUGGUAUACAUCAAGUAAAGGAGAAAGAAAGACUCUGAUAUUAAUCACGAUCUAGAUUAGUCUUCCUGGUGUGUUUGCUUCGAUUCUUUUGGUUUCAUGUUACACGGUCAUAUGGCACAGGUUCUUGUCUUUGCAAGCUGCGAGAUAUAAAUCCUUUAGUUUAAGAAAGAUAUUUCAUAAUACUCUUUUCUGGAAGGGGAAAAAGUUUAAUCUCGAUAGUGUGCAAAAGUUAUUGUGCUUUGGAGUGCGGCAAUGCUGUCAGUCGAGACAGCAUCGAGGCCCAACGGUAAACAUGUUUCGUUUGCCAUGGACGGUGUUGGAUUGUCCGUCACUGAAACCCAAAUAUUUUCAGAGCCUAGUGCUGUGUCAAAUAUGGGGGAUCAAGUCGAUGGUGAAGACAAACUUCUCGAUCAAACAUCGGCAAGGCUAUUUGAAAAGUCUCGCAUCAAAGUGCUACAAGGUGAACGUGAACGAGUACAAAAGAAAACAUUCACAAAAUGGGUCAACUCACAUUUGGUUCGUGUUGAAACAAGGGUGAAUGAGCUUUAUCAGGAUUUACGAGAUGGACGCAAGCUUAUUACACUUCUGGAAAUAAUUUCUGGUGAAAAAAUUGGCAAACCUGCAAAAGGCAGGAUGAGAAUUCACAUGAUGGAAAAUGUGGAAAAAGCUUUAAAGUUUCUCAAAUCACAAAAGGUUCACUUGGAAAAUAUUGGAGCACAAGAUAUCGUUGAUGGUAAUUCUCGGCUUACCCUUGGUCUUAUUUGGACUAUCAUUCUCAGAUUCCAGAUUCAAGAUAUAUUCAUUGAAAGUGAUAGCAAAGAGAAGAAAUCAGCCAAGGAUGCUCUUCUUUUGUGGUGUCAGUCAAGAACAUCAGGAUAUAAAAAUGUGACCAUCACAAACUUCACAACCAGCUGGUCUGAUGGCUUAGCUUUCUGUGCUAUUAUUCAUAAACACAGGCCAGAUCUCAUUCCAUAUGAAAACCUCACCAAGAGUACAGCUCCGGAAAAUCUGCAAACUGCAUUCGAUGUUGCAGAAAGGGAACUAAAUAUCUUUAGAUUACUUGAUGCAUCUGACGUGAACGUUGACUAUCCUGACGAGAAAUCCAUCAUGACAUAUGUGUCUUCAUAUUAUCAUCAUUUUUCUAAAAUGAAAACGGUGGAAGUUAGUGGCUCUCGUAUUGGCAAGGUGAUUGAGAAAAUCCGCGAGAACAACAAACUUAUCACGGAUUACGAUGUAAGCGCUGAGGAUUUGAUGAAAUGGAUCAGGGAAACGACGGUAAAAUUGCAAGAAAGAGACUUUGCAAACACUCUUGUUGGAGUUCAACAGCAAAUGAUUGAAUUCAAUCAAUACCGUACACAAGAAAAACCACCAAGAUACACACAAAAAGGUAAUCUUGAAGUGCAAAUGUUUAUUCUGACGAGCAACUUGCGCGAAAAUCAUCAAAAAAUGUACAGCCCUCCGGAAGGAAAAAUGAUUUCAGACAUCAACAAGGGUUGGGAUGAAUUAGAAAAAGCAGAGCAUGCACGGGAAGUCGCUUUAAGAGACGAGUUGAUCAGGCAAGAAAAACUAGAAAUGCUUGCUGCUAAGUUUGACAGAAAGGCCACCAUGAGGACACAAUGGUUGAAAGAAAACAAGCGACUUGUUUCUCAAGAUAACUUUGGUGAUGAUUUAGCUGCUGUUGAGGCAGCUAUGAAAAAGCACGAGGCUAUUGAAUCUGAUAUUUAUGCUUACGAAGCUCGAAUCAACGCUUGCGUUGCCCUUUCAGAGGAGCUUAAUAAAGAGGAUUAUCAUGAUGUUCCGCGAAUACUUGUCAAGAAGGAUGAAAUAUUAAAAUCUUGGGAAGAGCUUUUGUUGCUGGUGAAAGGGCGUCGUGCCCGCUUGGAAAAAGUGAUGAAGCUUCAAAUUUUCCAGGAAAUGAUCAAUGGUGUUGACUGGAUGGAUGAUGUUAAAGCUAGUUUACAGUCUGAAGAUUAUGGUCGCCAUUUACUGGAUGUCGAAGAUCUUUUGCAAAAACACAGUCUAGUUGAAGCAGACAUUGCUGCACAAGAAGAUCGCAUCAAGAUGGCAGACGUCCAAGCAAAUCAAUUUCUUGAAAUGGAGCCAGAAGUUGAAGGAGUUACGAUCGAUAAGGAAGGGAUAAGACAACAUCAACAGGAAAUGGAUUCUUCCUACAAAGAACUUCUUGAUUUGGCUCAAGUACGUCGUGGUAGACUUGAGGAAUCUUUAGCUUUGCAGAUGUUUUAUCGUGACGUCGACGAAGAAGAAAUAUGGAUAACAGAAAAGGACACUUUUCUCUCGUCAACUGACUAUGGUCGAGAUUUGAACACUACCGUUCUACUGCUCAAGAAACAUGAGACAAUGGAAGAUGACAUUACAGGACACGAGCCCGUUGUUGAGCAAGUAAAAGCUACCGGUCAGCAGAUGGUGGAGAACGGUCAUUACGCCUCGGACACAAUUACGUCACGACUUAAUAGUCUUGACAACAAAUGGGCCUCGGCACGUGAAACAUCCGCGUAUCGUAAGAAAAAACUUCAAGACAGUUUAAAUGUUCAACAGUUUAUUGCUGAUUACAAUGAUGUAAUAUCUUGGAUGAAUCUUGCUGAACGCGUUGCAGCCAAUGAUGACUUUGGCUACGAUGAAGACAGUGUUCAUGCCUUGCUGAAAAAACACGAGUUACUGGAGGAGGAGAUUGAAUCAUACGCCGCUCCGAUCCAGUCCCUUCACGAUCAAGUUGAUCAAACACUUGGAGACGAAGAUAAAACAUCUCCAGAAGUAGUUGACAGAUGUGAAACUGUCGAUCAACGGUACGCUAAGCUGAAAGAUCUUGCCGCUGAUCGCAGAAAGAAACUUCUUGACGCGCUGGCUCAGUUCCAACUCAAUCGAGAAGCCUACGUUAUUGAUUCAUGGAUUACAGAAAGGGAGAAUCGUUUGGAUACCGCUCUUCGUGUUGAUCGAACCAUGGAUCUUGAAGAAUGUCGUGUAAUUCAACAGAGAAUUGACAACUUCACAACGGAAUGUAGUGGUAACGAAGAACGUCUUGGUAAAGUGAAUGAAUUGGGAACACAAUUGGUCAACGAUGGACAUCCUAACGCUGGUGAUAUUCAAAAAACAACAGACAAUGUAAAUUCAAGAUGGGUUGAUUUGCAAGACGGUUUGGAUGCAAGGAAGAAGGAACUUGACGAGGCGAUUCGAUUACAACAAUUCUAUGUGGAAACUACGGAAACUAAGACCUGGAUCCAAGAGAAGAAGAGUGUCCUGGCAACUGUGCAAGAGAUUGAAACGAAAGAUCUCUCCAGUGUUAUAACAGUUCAACGUCGAUUAAACGUUAUCCAAAGAGAUUUAGGCGCGUUAAACGACAAGGUGGAUGAAUUAAAGAAAGAAGCAGCUGAGUUAUCAGAAAAGCAUCCAGAAGAAGCAGAUAUAAUCAACGAACGAAUUGAAGCGGUCUCUCAAACUUGGGAUGAUCUUCAAUCCAGUGUGGAAAAACGUGAUGACGAACUGAAAGAAUCUGGGGAAUUGCAACAGUUUGUCAUUGAUCUUGACGAAUUUCAUCGAUGGUUACGUGAUACACAGCAGGAGUGUGCCAAAGAAGAUGUUGCAAAUAGUUUGUCUGAGGCAGAGGACAUGAUUAAGGCUCACGAAGAUCUUAAGAAUGAUAUUGAAGCUCAUGAACCAACGUACGAUAAUCUUUUGAACGAAGGACCAAAAUGGGUUCAGGAUGAAUCGGAUCUUCAACAGCAAUCUUUGAAAGAGCAACUGGACUCUAUUGAAGCUGGUUGGAAGGAGCUUCAUGAAUUAUCUGAUAACAGACAGAAACAGCUUUUGCAGAGUCUAAAUUAUCAACUUUUCACGAGGGACGGUAAGCAAGCUGACUCACUUCUAGGAAAAGAAGAAUUAUUCUUAUCAAAAGAUGAAAAUCCGGCGACUGUUGAGGCUGUGAAAGAUGCAAUCAAGAAACACGAAGAAUUCAGUAAGAAAUUGGAUGCACAUGAUGAAAAAGUUGACGCAGUCAUUGAUUUCUCCAAGCGUUUGGCAAACGGCGAUCAUUACGCUUCAGACAAAAUCUUGGAGAAGGCUCGUGAUAUUGAUGAAAGACGUAAAAACAAUCGAGCGUCCGCAGAAAACGCUCUUGCUCGUUUGAAAGAUCUCUUAGAACUGAAAGAAUUUAACCAAGACGCUGACGAAAUGUAUGAUUGGCUGUUGGAAAAGCAUCAAGCUGCGUCUGAAGAAAUCACUGACUUGAGUAACAUCCGUGCUAAAUAUCAACGUCAUCAAGCAUUCGAAGCAGAACUUGCUGCCAGUAAAGAUAAGUUGGAUCAAAUUAAAGAGACCGGAGGUAAUUUGAUGUCUGAGAAACCAGAGACUGAGCCGGAAGUGCAACCACGUUUAGAUAAACUUGACAAAAUGUGGGAAGAAGUGCUCGAGCUAUGCAAGAACAAGGGCAAGAAGAUUUCGGCUGCUCAUAAAGGCGAAGAAAUGAAAACAGAUUUUCAGAAUAUGACGGCUUGGGUACAGGAGUGUGAGGCAUCUGUUGUAACGACGGAAAAGGCCACUGAUAUUACUACCGCGACGAAACUUUAUCAAAAGCACAAGGCUUUGGAAAAAGAAAUUAUGACAAAACGACAACGACUACAAGAACUCAAUAACGAACCAGACACGGUCGAUGGAAUGGUUGAACCUGAGAUUGUGGCUUCAAAGAAAGAGGAACUUGAAGCUAGCUUUGAUGCUUUGGAAGGACCAUUGAGCUCUCGAAGUAAAGAACUUGAAGAUCAAGUAAAUUUCUUCCAGUUUAACAGAGAUGUGGACGAUGAGCUGGAAUGGAUACGAGAAAAAGAACCUCAAGUAAAAUCGACAAAUUAUGGCUCUGAUUUAUUUGAAGUUCAGCGACUUCAGAAGAAACACCAGAACUUGCGUGCCGAAAUUGACAUUCAUCAAGCGCACAAAGAUGCGUUGGCGAAACAAGGUGAAGAGAUGAUAGAAAAUGAACAUCCAGAGUCCGAGGUUGUUCGCGAAAGGAUUAACGAACUUGAAACAAGUUGGGAUAAUCUCAAAGACUUAUCCCAUGAUUAUCAGACUCAACUUGACGUAUCAGCUCAGGCAAAGCAGUAUUACUACGAUGUUUCGGAAGCAGAAGCAUGGAUGAGUGAGCAAGAGUUGUACAUGAUGGGUGAUGAACGCGGGAAAGACGAACAAAGUGCAGGACAAUUGAUCAAAAAACACGACACUAUUGAAGCAGCCAUUGCGGAUUACGCAGAAAGUGUAAAUGAACUAGGUGAACGAGCCCGCGGUUUUAAUGAUAGCGGUCAUCCUGAGAGUGAAACCAUUAAUGUGCGUCAAUCACAACUUGAGAAACUUUAUGAUGGAUUGAAAGAUUUAGCCGAAGAAAGACGAGGAAAGUUGGACGAAACACAUAAACUUUAUCAGCUUCUCAGAGAAGUUGAUGAUCUUGAACAAUGGAUAGCCGAUCGUGAGGUUAUUGCUAGAUCCCAGGACUGUGGCCAAGAUCUUGAGCAGUGUGAGAUGUUGAUGCAGAAGUUCGAAGACUUCAAACAGGAUACGACCAACAUAGGAAACGAAAGAUUAGCCAAGUCAAACGAAGUCAGCGACCAGUUAAUUGGAACUGGUCAUUCUGAUGCUGCAACUAUUGCUCAACAUAAAGAUAGCGUUAACGAAGCCUGGGCAAAUCUUUUGGAAUUGAUGAAAACAAGAGUAGAGUUACUCGAAGCAGCAAAACAACUUCAUAUGUAUAAUAGUCAUGCAAAGGAAGUGCUUGCAAUGAUUCAGGAGAAAGAAGGUCAACUACCAGAAGAUUUAGGAAAAGAUAUUAGCGGAGUAGAUAGAUUAAAACGUCUUCAUAAAACGUUCGAGGCGGACUUAGCACCUCUUGAAAAACAGGUCAACUCUGUUCAAGAAGAAUCUGCUAAUUUACAAGGCUCCUAUGCCGGUGACAAACAAGAAGAAAUCAGAAAUACUGAAAAGGAAGUUGUUGAUGCUUGGAAUCAUCUUAACGGCAAAGUACGACAUCGAACGGGGUUACUCGACGAUUCUGAUGAUUAUUAUAAGUUCUGCAUCGCUGUAAAUGAUCAAUUGAACUGGAUGAGUGAUAUGCAACGACAGAUCAUUACCUACGAUAAAUCUCGAGAUGUUCCAGAAACUGAAUCGUUAAUAUCAUUACACCAACAGAGGAAGAGUGAAAUCGACGCAAGAGAGGAAGGAUUUUCCUCUGUUGUUCUCAUUGGGAAAACACUGCUCGCUCGAAAUCAUUAUGCUUCUGAUGAUAUUAACGCGAAAUUGGAGAAUUUGAACAAAGUAAGAAAUAAAAUGAUUCUCGAGUGGGACAGACGUUUGGAACACCUACAACUUAUUUUGGAGGUGAUGCAGUUUGCUCGCGACGCUCAUCAGGCUGAAGGAUGGUUGUAUACGCAAGAACCAUAUCUAAAGAAGGAAGAUGAGAAAACAGCGGAAAACGAGUCUGAUGUUGAUCGACUCAUCGAAAAGCAUCAAAACUUCGAGAAACUUGUGUUCAGUCACGAAGAAAAAUUCAAAGCUUUGGAACGUUUAACUAAUUUUGAACUUCGCGAGGCGAGAAGACGUGAGAAAGAAGAACAAGAUCGCAAAAGAGAGGAAUUAGCAAAAAAAGAAGAAGAAGAGAGAAACAAAGAGAUGAAGAAGAAAAAAAACGAGAGGCUCAACGUAAACAAAUUGAAGAAGUAGAAGAAGCAAAGCGAAAACGAGAACUUGCCGAGCAGGAGGCGAAGAAGAGAGCGUCCGGUAUAGAAAAUGGGGAACAUGAUGAUGAGAAAGAAGAGGACUUUAAAAAAGCAGAGGGGAAUGUUCAUCACGAUAGCAAGAACGAAGGAUAUCUUAUACGUAAACAUACAAUGGAUGGACCUCAUAAGAAAGCAUCAAAUAGACGCUGGAAACAGUUCUAUGUUGUUCUUAAAGACGUCACACUUCAUUUUUUGAAGAUCAAACAGACGCUAAGCAAUUACACGAAGCCUUACAUCAACUGUCCACACAAAACUCGAGUACCGAGGUCGCAGAUGAUUAUCACAAACGCAAACACGUCUUACGAUUGAUAUUAGAGAAUGGGAACGAAUAUCUAUUUCAAGCGAAAGAUGCGAACGACAUGGCACAAUGGAUUCAGCAUCUUCGCGAAGGUUCAAGCAGCGACGGUCAAGGAAUGCCAAAGAAAGAGAAAAGACGAAGUUUGUUCAAACGAAAAAGUAAUAGGAAAAAAUGACCAGCAAUGUGUUUCAAAUUAAUCAAGUUUGGGUUUGUGAAUACCUAGUUUAUUAUACGAGCCGAGCGUAACUAUUGUAUAAAUAUUUAGCGAACGUGAAGGACCAUAUAUCCUUAUGAGAGUUUUAGCCAUUUUAGCCAUUCAAAUAGGUAGUAAAGUACACAGUAUGUUACAAUUGGUAAAUGCAUUAUAAACUAUUUGAACAUUAAAACUUUAAUUGUUA